GUUGCUACAAGCCUGCCAUUGCUCAAGGUGAACGUGGAGAACAGCAGCCACAUUUUUUUAUACAAUGAAUUUUACAACUGCCAUCAUAUAAAAAUGAAUCCAUGAAUACACAGACCUGAUCUGCAAUAAAAUUCCUAAGUUACUAAAUUAUUUGAUUAUAAUAUAAUUGUCAAAUGGCAUCAUUAACAUAAAUAAAAUAUCAUUUAUAUGAUAAUUUUUGUGAAUUUUGGAUUUUUUUUAGUAAUGAAUAAUUAUAAGGGACCAUUCAUUAAAUACAUUUACAGUUUGAGGAGGAGAGUGUCGCAGGAAGUACAAACGUUACUAUACACGAUGGGGAGAAUGAAUUAACACACUGUCUACGUGCACCUCUUCUAGUGAUUUAAAGUGACUCAGAACUGUACAAAAUUAACGGGUAGCCCCCUAGAUAUUUAAUUUCAAAUGAAUUAUAUUAGUUUUAUAUUUACAGAAGAUGAAAAAGAAGAAAAAGUGGACAGUAAAUGUGAUCUUCAGUUAAGUGAUGGUCUUAACAGAAAGAACUUUUACAAGAGUGAAAGCUACAAAUCAGAUCCCUUGACUUUCUCAGUAUUAAGAAUUCAGAAACAUAUCACAUGUACAAGGAAAUUUUCAAAGGAGCCAUUUUUAAGAAAGUAUUUAUUUAUCCCUCCUCAUAUUGGAGAAAGAUACCAAUGUGAAAUCUGCACAAAACUUUUCUCCUACAAAACUAUUUAUUCAAAUCAUCUUUUUGUACAUAUUGGAAGAAGGCCUUUGUCAUGUGAUGUCUGUAAGGAAAACUUUUUCUACAAGUUUCAUUUAACAGAACAUAAAGAACUUCACAGGAAAGAAAUUCUAUACUAUUGCUGGAUAUGCAAAGAGAAAUUCAACUGUGAGCGGGAUUUAAUUGUACAUCAGAAACGUCAUAUUGCAGAAAGACCAUAUAAAUGCGAAUUUUGUGGCAAAGGUUUUAAACUAAAAUCGGUUUUAAAAGUGCACGCAGUAGUACAUUCUGACCAAAAACCAUUCCAGUGUGGAAUUUGUAAAAAGAAUUUUAAAUUGAAGUCUAGUUUAUUAACGCAUGGCAAACUUCAUUCAACUUUGUGUCCUUAUCAAUGUCAAAUCUGCAGCAAAAAGUUUAAAGUGAAGGCAAAUUUAUUAAUUCAUGAAAAAUACCAUUCCGAAGAAAGGCCUUAUCAAUGUGAAUUUUGUGAAAAGAGUUUUAAGGUAAGGGGAGAUUUGUACAUUCAUCGAAUACGCCAUUCCGGGGAAAGAAGUUUUCAGUACAAAAUUUGCAAAAAGAGUUUUAACAUGAGAAAGAAAUUAACGCAGCAUCUAAAAUAUCAUUCCGAGGAACGCCCACAUCGGUGCAGACUUUGCAGUAGAAGUUUUAAGACAAAAUCAUGUUUAGCAAAGCAUCGCCAGUAUCAUUCUGAUGAGAAACUAUUCCAGUGUGUGAAAUGUAAUAAAAGUUUCAAGGCAAAAUCAACCUUAGUAAUUCAUCAAAUGUGCCAUACUGAAGAGAGGCCUUUUCAAUGUGGAUUAUGUGAGAAACGGUUUAAAACGAAAUCCGGAUUAAUGUAUCAUUGGUCUACUCAUUCCAAAGAGCGACCGUUUCAGUGUGAACUUUGUGAAAAACAUUUCGUCCAAAAGAGAGAUUUAUUUAUGCAUCAGAAGUGCCAUUCCGAAAAAAGGCCUUAUCAGUUUGACAUAUGUAAAAAGACGUUCAAAACAAAAUACUGUUAUUCGAUUCAUUUACAGUGUCAUUCCGAGCAAAGGCCUUUCGAGUGUCUAAUUUGCGGGAAAAGUUUUAAGUUAAAAUCAACUCUACGAGUGCACAAAAGAUGCCACACCGAAGACAGGCCUUACAGGUGCGAAAUUUGUAAGAAAGGCUUUAAAGCAAAAGUAAAUUUAGUAAUGCACCUAAAGACUCAUACCAAAGAAAAGCCUUUUCAGUGUGAAAUCUGUGAAAAAUCAUUUAGUUUCAAAAAGAAUUUGAAGAAUCACAUUAUAAUUCAUUCAAAAAAGAAAUCUUUUCAAUGCGAAAUCUGUAAAAAUUAUUUUUAUACCCGAAAAACUUUAUUGCACCACAAGAGGUAUUUUUCAAAAGAAAGGUCACACCAGUGUAGAUUUUGCGAGAAGAGAUUCACUACGAAAACAUGUUUAGUAAGUAAGAAAAAUCCUAAUUCAAAGGAAAAUCUAUUUUGUUGCGAAUCGUGCGAAAAAAAUUUUGGGAUAAAUACCAUUUCGGUAAAUUAUCAUAACACCGAGAGAUUUUUUCAGUGUAAAUUCUGUAAUAAAAGUUAUAGUGCAAAAACUAUAGCACAACACCAAAAAUUUGGAUGCAGAAAGAAAACUUUUCAGUGCACUAUAUGUAAGCAGAAUUUCAGGAUGAUUUCAAAGUUGAGAAGCCAUGAAAAAUACUGCAGCAACAAGCCAAAUAUCCAGUUUUGGGAAUCUGGUACCGGAGCCAAUCAACUAGGAAACAUUCUUGUAAAUACUUCACAAUAUUAUCAGUGCAACUUUUGCAGAAACUGUUACUUAAACGAGAAGGAUCUUUCGGAGCAUCGGAGAUGCCAUCAUUUGCAGAAUUCUAGUUCUUCAAUAUUUAUUUUAUCACCGCCCCAGCUUAAUAAUGGUGUUGUUUGGAAUGUGCCAUAUAAUAUAAUUGUUCCUUCCUCGUAUUAUUAUAUCAUUCAGUGAUAAGUUUUGAUAGAAAAAUUCAAGACGACAUUGAUUCAAUGAAUUUUAAAAUAAAACCAUUCCUAUAAAUUACUCACAUUGGAAGAAUCAUUUAUGCAGUGUUUAAUCCAGAGAUUUUUUUGGAUUCAACAUUACAAUCGUAAAUUAUUUUUUGUUUAUCUCUUAAAGUAUAACCACAAAUACCUGAUAGAUGUUGCUGGACAGACAUCAUGUGGGCCACUUAGCAUCAAAAUAAUUUAAAAAUAUAUUUACAGAGUUGUUUAGUCUUAUGGAAACAUUUAUUAUCUGUUAUUCGGGAAAAGUCCUUCCUUCUCCAUCAUGCUAUCUGCUUCCUCUGGUUUCUGGUUAUUGCCCAACAUAUUUUCCACUGAAAAAGGGUUCUUAUUAAAGAAUUUUAAUUCAAUUUCUUCCAUUUGUCAUUGCAAACUUUGUAAUCCAUCUUAUUGUUUAGUAUGGAAAAUUUCAGUGCCAUUUUAAGUAGCCCAAACAAAUUCAUGGGUAUCGGAAAAGGACAUUGAAUUUACACCAGUUUCUUUUUCGUAAAUGCUAGGGUUGAACAUGAGGUAUGACGACACUGUCCUGAUGGGCUCAUACUUUUGAAGUCUGAACCAUAUAAAAGAAUUUCGUGCUUGAAUGUGGGCUCCAGUACUCUGAUAGUACUUAGAAGAUGAUCCUUUAUUUUUCUUUUAUCGGGAAGAAUAAAGGAUCGCCUUCUAACAACUGUAAGUUAAAAAAACCUAAUAAAACAUUGUCGGGUCCCAGAGCGUUAUACAGUCGACCCCCCUAUAACGUGGGUUCCUAUAACGUAGCGAAAAUUGUAGCAGUAUUCGUAUAAAAGUACUCCUAAAACGUCGUCGCCGACUCGUGUCGCGACAAGAUUGGUAGAA